AUGGUCGAAGCUUAUUAUCACGACAACGACGAUUCCGUUGACUUCCGGGAACCUCAUAACUCUGGCGAAAAGGUAUCACUGGAACAGCUAGCCCGUAUAGGCGCAUUUUACAAAUUCUGUCCCACGUUGAAAGAGGUAGACCAGGUGGCCCUCGAUAGAGCCUAUAAGAACAGGGACACUGUAAGCAUUUCUAAAGAAAGUCUGGGCGACGCACUUCUCCCAAAAUUGCAAACGUUCUACGCAGAGCAUCUGCAUGAAGACGAAGAAAUCAGAUAUAUCGUGGACGGCGAAGGAUACUUCGACGUACGCAAUGCAUCUGACGACAGAUGGAUUCGCUGCAAAUUGACUCCGGGCGAUCUAUUGGUGCUUCCUGCCGGUAUAUAUCACAGAUUCACACUGACAACCCAAAACUACGUCAAAGCCAUUCGUCUAUUCAAAGACGAGCCCAAAUGGGUUGCUCACUCUCGUCCUGAUGCCGACGGAAACCCAAUUCGCAGUGAGUAUCUCGCCGCACUUCAGUAA